AAUUUUAAACCCAACGAUGUGGGACUAACAAUGGUGUACAUUGCAGAAUCGUAGAUAUAAUUAUCAGUGAUAGAACUGGUGGGAAGAGAAGCCCAAUCCCACUGUAUGCCGGUGUAGGAGUCUUAUUUGUUAGUUAGCUUAUUAGUUUUAUCUGAUAUUAUUUUAUCAGGCUACUUCUAAAAUUAUCAGCAGUAAUUUUUAUUGAUCAUGGUUGCUAGGUUAUGGGCAGCAGAAAAUGAAUAAAACUUGUCAGUCAUUGAUUCUUGAGUGUGUGUAUCAAUCAGAUCCGUAGCUGAUAGUUGUUCGAAUUGCACAUUUGAAAUAAUUAGUGAAUAAAAGCAUCCUUUAAACAAGACUAAAAACAUAAAAAGAGGGAGACUCAAAUAAACACAGUCAGUUUUGUGUAUAUAUAUAAUAACUGGUUGUAACUCGGGUGAGUAUUUCGAAAGGAAGGAAUUAUAAUUUGAAAAAUAUGGUUAAAAGCUCCCAUCAUCCCUGGCUCUUUGAUUAUCUCUUAAAAUCAGUUCAUUGUUGUGAUCUUGUCAAGUUUGUUGUCGCCCCGUGCAAUUGAGUCCUUGAGGAAACUAUUAAGCUGACGUGUAAAUGGAAAUUAGAAGAAUAUAAAGUUUUAGGGGAAUUUGAUGGUGAAGUGACGCUGUGACUUACAACAAAGGAUGGUGACGGGGAUAGGGAUGGGGAUUAGGGAGAUGGCCAGAAAAUCAGAAAUAUGGGAACCCAUUCCAUUCGCUGCAACUAGUGGACCACGGAGCAGGGGCAUAAAUCUUUCACGAAUUGAGUUUGGUUAAGUAAAAAGUAAAAGAAAAAAUAAUAAUAAUUCAGAGAAAUCAGUAAAAUAAUUGGUGGUUAGGUAAUAAAAUACAGAGUAGUCAGCAUUCGUGAAUAAUAAUUAAUUGCACAUAAAAAGAGUUUUGCUAUGUCUACAAAUUUUCUUAUUAUUUAAAAAGAUAAUAUUGGAUAUGGAAUUAUUUACGAAACAACCACCAACCAUUUUGAAGCAGAAGGCAAUAAUAUAUAGGUGAGAUGCGUGUUUGGAACGGCAUUAUGAUUUGAAUGGAACUGUAGUAUUGUAUUAUGGAGAAAAGGAAUUCAACGAACAGAAGGGAGGAAGAAUUAGAUGGGAUUGGGAAGGUUCCAGAUCAUCUGCUGAUAGAAAUAUUCGUAAGAGUUGGAGUAAGAGAGUGGGAGCAAGUAGCGUGCGUGAAGAAGCAGUGGGCUUCUCUUUUCCGCUGCGAAUGCUUCUGGGAAGCUGCUCUUGCCACUAAUUAUCCAUUCGCCGAUUCCCCUCAAACAUGGCCUGGUCCUAUUCCUCCUCCACCUUUAUCCAAUCCCAAGAGGAGAUUCAUGGCCUUAUAUAUUAGUGAACACAUCUCUGCUCACCAUCCUCAAUUGCAGAUUGAGGAAAUCGUUGGGCACAGUUAUCUCUUCUUGAAAGAGCAGCUUCAACUUUCUAUUAUGCCACCUCAUUGUGGAAUACUUCAUGGAACCAUCAUUGAUCAAUUCAUUGCGUGUGGCAAGUCCAGAGACUUUGCCCACCAACUUGCUUCUCGGAUUUGGCUGGCUGUUCUCGACAAUUUGGAGGAAAACCACCACACAUUUUGCUUACUUAAACGCCUUGCCCAAGAAGGGGAUGUUUUUCUUCCAUACCCUUACACCAGACCAGUCCAAGUCCAAUGGAGGGUGUUUGAGAAGCUUUUUACUGAUUUCCGUGAUUGCUUCAAUCGCGUAGAUUAUUAUGAUAUGUUGGCAUGUGCCAAAAGCAAGUUUCACCCAAUUCCAUCUGCUUGGUUAGGAUACUAGAACCUCUCCUCCUCCCUUCAUGCCAGGCUCAUGUCAAUUUCUAAUUUAUUGUGCUAUUGCUAUUGGAGUAAACAAAUUUUAUGCCUAUAUUUAAUGAUCCCCUGUCACGUUGUUAACUGAGAUUGAUAAUGUAGUUAAAUUAAACUUUUUCAUGGGUUUUUAUGCUAUUGACCAACAUUAUUAUUUUCGGAAUAAAUUAUUGCAUUAUUUU